AGCAGAGGAGGAGCAGCAGAGACGCAUUUCUGAAGAUCACACUGCACUUCCUGAGGAGAAUGAAGCAGGAGGAGCUGGCUGAGCGUCUGGAGAUCGGAACCCGUGCUGCAAAGUGUCGACGUAAACUCAAGUCUAACCUGGAGAACAAGUUCCAGUGUCUGUUUGAGGGGAUCGCUAAAGCAGGAAACCCAACCCUUCUGAAUCAGAUCUACACACCGCUCUACAUCACAGAGGGAGGGACUGCAGAGGUUAAUGAUGAACAUGAGAUCAGACAGAUUGAAACAGCAUCCAGGAAACCAGACAGACCAGAAACAACAAUCAGACAAGAAGACAUCUUUAAAGCCUCACCUGGAAGAGAUGAACCAAUCAGAACAGUGAUGACAAAGGGAGUGGCUGGCAUUGGGAAAACAGUCUUAACACAGAAGUUCACUCUGGACUGGGCUGAAGACAAAGCCAACCAGGACAUACACUUCACAUUUCCAUUCACUUUCAGAGAGCUGAAUGUGCUGAAAGAGAAAAAGUACAGCUUGGUGGAACUCAUUCAUCACUUCUUUACUGAAACCAAAGAAGCAGGAAUCUGCAGGUUUGAAGAGUUCCAGGUUGUGUUCAUCUUUGACGGUCUGGAUGAGUGUCGACUUCCUCUGGACUUCCACAACAAUAAGAACCUGACUGAUGUUACAGAGUCCACCUCAGUGGAUGUGCUGCUGACAAACCUCAUCAGUGGGAAACUGCUUCCCUCUGCUCGCCUCUGGAUAACCACACGACCUGCAGCAGCCAAUCAGAUCCCUCCUGAGUGUGUCAGCAUGGUGACAGAGGUCAGAGGGUUCACUGACCCUCAGAAGGAGGAGUACUUCAGGAAGAGAUUCAGAGAUGAGAAGCAGGCCAGCACCAUCAUCUCCCACAUCAAGACAUCACGAAGCCUCCACAUCAUGUGCCACAUCCCAGUCUUCUGCUGGAUCACUGCUACAGUUCUGGAGGAUGUGUUGAAAAGCAAAGAGGAAGGAGAGCUCCCCAAGACCCUGACUGAGAUGUACAUCCACUUCCUGGUGCUUCAGUCCAAACUGAAGAACGUCAAGUAUGAUGGAGGAGCUGAGACAGAUCCACAUUGGAGUCCAGAGAGCAGGAAGAUGAUUGAGUCUUUGGGAAAACUGGCUUUUGAGCAGCUGCAGAAAGGCAACCUGAUCUUCUAUGAAUCAGACCUGACAGAGUGUGGCAUCGAUAUCAGAGCAGCCUCAGUGUACUCAGGAGUGUUCACACAGGUCUUUAAAGAGGAGAGAGGGCUGUACCAGGACAAGGUGUUCUGCUUCGUCCAUCUGAGCCUUCAGGAGUUUCUGGCUGCUCUUCAUGUCCAUCUGACAUUCAUCAAGUCUAGAGUCAAUCUGCUGACAGAAGAACAAACAAUACCCAGUUGGUCGGAAGCGUUUGAAGGCAAAUCAACACGUUUCUACCAGACUGCUGUGGACGAGGUCUUAAAGAGUCCAAAUGGGCAUCUGGACUUGUUCCUCCGCUUCCUCCUGGGUCUUUCACUGCAGACCAAUCAGAUUCUCCUACAAGGUCUGCUGAUACAGACAGGAAGUAGCACACAGACCAAUAAGAAAACAGCCGAGUACAUCAAGAAGAUCGGAGUGAAACAGCUCUCUGCUGGACUUGAGAGUCCACACUGUGGACUGGAAACUCUCAGGUUGAGUGACUGUAACCUCUCAGAGAGAAGCUGUUCAGCUCUGUCCUCAGUUCUCAGCUCCCAGUCCUCUAGUCUGAGAGAUCUGGACCUGAGUAACAACAACCUGCAGGAUUCAGGAGUGAAGCAGCUUUCUGCUGGACUGGAAAGUCCACACUGUGGAUUGGAAACUCUCAGUCUGUCAGGAUGUCUGAUCACAGAGGAAGGCUGUGCUUCUCUGGUCUCAGCUCUGAGCUCCAACCCCUCCCAUCUGAGAGAGCUGGACCUGAGCUACAAUCAUCCAGGAGACUCAGGAGAGAAGCUUCUGUCUGCUGGACUGAAGGAUCCACACUGGAGACUGGACACUCUCAGCAUGGACCAUGGUGGACUGCAGAGACUGAAACCUGGUGUGAGGAAGUAUGCCUGUGAACUGGAACUGGAUCCAAACACAAUGCACAGAAAACUCAAACUGUCUGAUAACAACAGGAAGGUGACAUAUGUGAAGGAGGUUCAGUCAUAUCCUGAUCAUCCAGACAGAUUUGACUAUUUUUGUCAGCUGCUAUGUAAAAAUGAUCUGACUGGUCGCUGUUACUGGGAGGUCGAGUGGAGAGGAAGAGUUCAUAUAUCAGUGAGUUACAGAGGAAACAGCAGGAAAGGAGGCAGUGACUGUGUGUUUGGAUAUAAUGAUCAGUCCUGGAGUCUGGACUGCUCUGAUGAUGGUUACUCUGUCUGUCACAAUAAGAAAAGAACAUCUUCCUCCUCCUCCUCAUCUGUCUCUAACAGAGUAGCAGUGUAUGUGGACUGUCAUGCUGGCACUCUGUCCUUCUACAGAGCCUCCUCUGACACACUGAUCCACCUCCACACCUUCAACACCACAUUCACUGAACCUCUGUAUGCUGGGUUUGCAGUCUGGCCUGGUUCCUCAGUGUCUCUGUAG